UGCCCCCGCGCGUAGUCCACCGACUCUACUCGUGUCUCGUCCCGCCUGCCACCCGCUGGUGUACAAGCAGACGCUAUCUCCGUCCAUCACACAGUGUGUUUUUACAGGUACCGCAGACAUGAUCGACAAGGACCACCGCUGUGGAGUGGGACCGUUCCACCCAAAAUGGCUGCAGAAACUCGCCAACACCAAGUGUUUCCUGGUCGUCUACAGCAUCCUGGGCACCGUGCAGGGGAUGUCUCACAUCUACAGCAGUACCACGCUCACCACCAUUGAGAAGAGAUUCAAGAUCCCCAGCAGGACGUUAGGCGUGCUGCUGAGCGGGAACGAAGUGAGCCAGAUCUUCCUGUCGCUGAUCAUGGCCUACCACGGGGGCCGAGGGAACAGGCCCGUCUGGCUGGCCUGGGGGGUCGUCUUCUCGGCGCUGUCGGCCUACAUCCUGGCCCUGCCCCAUGUCCUGUAUGGCCCAGGCCAGGACGCGCUGUCCCUCACCGAGGAGUACCUGGACGAGUCUGUGCUCAACCGGUCGCUGCCCAUGAAGAAGGAGACGCCCCUGCUGUGCCUGGCGAACCGCACCCUCACAGACAUGUGCACCGAGGAAGACUUCGCCAGCGGAGAGCACUCGUGGACACCCCUGGUGCUCAUCUUCAUGUCCAACUUUGUGCUCGGCAUCGGAGUCACCCUUUCGCACUCCUUGGGCCAGACCUACAUCGACGACCACACCAAGAAGUCCAACACUCCUAUACUGCUGGGUGUGGUUAUGUCGCUGAGGAUGCUGGGUCCUGCAAUCGGAUUCGUCUUCUCUGCGUUCUGCCUCAGCAUGUACAUCGAACCCUCCUUGACGCCAGUAAUUCGACCAAAGGACCCUCGCUGGCUAGGAGCCUGGUGGCUGGGAUGGAUUUUUCUGGGAACUUUGAAGCUCAUUAUGGGAUUCCUAGUGGCUUUCUUCCCGAAAGAACUUCCCAUGAAUAAAGAGAAAGAAGAAACGGUAGAAAUAAAAUUGGAAGAUGGAGAAAUAAAGAAAGUAAAUGGUAAUACUAAGCAAGAAAAUGAAGAAAAUGAGGAAAAUACUGCACCUGAAAAAGAACCACUUCAACCAAUCCCUAAAGAAAAUGUCAAAAAAGAUUCUAAAAAGAAAGAUGAUUAUGAUGAGGACGAUUUCUUUAACUCUCUGAAACGUCUACUAAGGAACAAGUUGCUGAUAUGCAAUAUAGCCGCCUCGUGUUUCUUCAUCACUGCUGGGUCGGGCAGCAUGACGUUUUCCAUGAAGUACAUGGAGACUCAAUACCAUACUUCGGCCGCUGGAGCCAGCAUGAUCUCAGGUACCGCGUCCAUAAUGGCGAUGGUGUGCGGGUUCCUGGGAUCAGGCUUCUUCAUAAGCAAAGUGAAGCCCAGGCCGCGCUUCAUUCUGGGCUGGAACGUAAUGCUGGCGUUCCUCCACGCGGUCGCCAACAUCUGCUACAUAUUCCUCGGCUGCCAGGACAACGGGCUCUACGGCUUGAACCUCACGACUGGAGAAGUUAACAUACUGAAUGGAUGUAACGGUAACUGUGAUUGUGAAUCUGUAAAGUACCAGCCCGUUUGCUAUGCAGAACAAGGAAUGACAUACUACUCACCUUGCCAUAUAGGUUGUCAGUCGAAAAUUCUGGAUACAAACACUACUAAGACGUUCUUCACCAAUUGUACCUGCAUCCCGAACUUGAACUCGUCGAUGAGCCUGGGAGAUGUGAACCCAUCUUACCUAGCCGACCCUUCGAUCAUUGUGGAUAAUGGACCCUGCGCGGUGGACUGUUCAACGAUGUUGUACACCUAUGUCAUGGUUGGAUUCAUUAUACACGUACUCAGCAGUUCCGGAAGAGUUGGGAGCGUCUUAAUUAACUUUAGAUGUGUGGCUAAAAAAGACAAAGUUUUCGCACAAGGUCUGAGUUUGCUUUGUGUCAGUCUGUUCGCUUUCAUACCUGGGCCCAUAAUAUUUGGAGCUAUGAUAGAUCAUGCGUGCUUGGUUUGGGACGCUACCUGCGCCGAAAGAGGGAACUGCUGGCUUUACCACAAAGACAACUUCCGCAUAUACAUGAACUGCACAGCUGCUGCGCUGACCCUGGUGGGCUGCUGCGUGGACCUGAAGGUGUGGCAUCUGGGGAAGUACAUCAACCUGUACGGCGAGGAGGACGAGGUGGACCCCGAGUACAAGCAGGAGAGGAAGCAGAGCAUCCUCGCGGACAUGAAGGACUAGACAACGGAUGUCAUCCUCGUGCAUCCCCCCCACCCCACACCCUGGACACACUCUCGACUGAAACAAACACGUUAUUUAUUUAUGCCUUUAUUACCGUGUAUUUUAAGAUAAAGUUAAAUUAUUAUCUCUCGAGGACUUUGUAAAACCAUUUUAUUUUUGAGGUAAUAAAAUUUGUCCUUUUUAA